ACGUAAAAUAGACAGCCGCUGAGACCUGGUAACCCCUCAGAGCACUACUUUGUGUGGCGGAGAGCCGUGACGUUGGGGCGGGCGGCGGCCGUCAUGCAGGCUGCGGGAGGACCUUCUCGCUGAGUUUUUGGGCCGAGGACCCGAUUUUCCCUUAUACUCUGGCUAUGGACCCUGCACCCAACACACCUCGGACCCCCAUACGUCACCCUAAGCACCCCAGCGGCAACGUGGAGAUAGAGUUAUAUUUCCUGAUCGUCCGGUUCCUCUCGGCGGGGCCCUGCAACCAAGCAACCCAGGUGCUGAGACGAGAGUUGCUGCUCCACCAGCUUCUCCCCAAGAGGUAUGACUGGCAGGGAAAUGUCCACACCAAGACCUUUGAACAGUGGGAUGAGGAGAACAAGCACCUGCCGUCUGACCACCUGGCCCGUUUGGUGGCCAGGUUGCGUCCGGUUAUGGACCAGCUGGUGCAACUGCCUCAUCCCUCGGCUAAUACUCUGCUUGGGGCAGGAUCUCAAUCUUUGCUGCGUACACAGGAAGAUCUAUGGAAGAGCUACAACACUGUUUCAAGUGUGGCGGUGAGGCGACAAGGGCGUGCUUCUCUUGAUCCAAUAAGACUGAGGGGGUUGCCAUGCCUCACACACUCUUUGCUGGGCCGGGAGUUGGGGGCUGCCGUGCGUCGCUCCCACGUUCUCACCAACAAAUUCUUCAGCCGCAUGCAGCUGUGUCUACGUUCUAUUGGUCAUCUCUCAGCUGUUUACUGCAUGCUGUUUGAUCGGACUGGCAAGUACAUCAUCACAGGUGCAGAUGAUACUCUAGUCAAGAUAUGGAGCACUCUGGAUGGCCGUCUCCUAGCCACCCUGCGAGGGACCUCGGCGGAGAUCUCUGACCUUGCCAUAGACAGUGAGAACACAUUGAUAGCCGCUGGUUCCUGUGAUAAGAUAAUUAGGGUGUGGAGCCUUCAAACACUGGCCCCAGUGGCCGUUUUAAGCAGUCACACGGGGAUGGUGACAGCACUUCAAUUUUGCCCUGCGCCAGACAAUGAAGGGGUGCUGGUGUCCACAGGGGGCGACGGCUGCGUUGCCUUCUGGACAUAUGUGUGCCGUGGUGGAGACAUUAGAUUCGACUCAAAGCCUCUCAAGGUUAAUGAACGUGUCCGGCCAGGCAACGCUCAGCUCAUAUGCGCCUCCUUCAGCCAGGGAGGACACUUUCUUGCUCUCGGGGGAGCUGACCACUUUGUCAGAGUUUACCAGCUCGGGGGCGAGGAAGGCGUGGAGAAGUUGUUGGAAUCUGAACGACAUCAGGACCGCGUGGACAGCAUUCAGUGGUGCCAUCGAGGCCUCAUGUUCGUGUCUGGCAGCAGGGACGGCACUGCCCUUAUCUGGCGCUAUGAAACCCAGCACUGGAAGACCACAACUCUUAACAUGCUUCGUAGGUUACCGGGGGAUGAGCCGCCGAUGGAGGAUGUGCGGCGGCUGCAGGUCACCAUGGUGGGCUGGAACCAGACGGAUGAGUUUGUGAUCACCGCCAGCAACGACAAGUGGCUGCGAGUGUGGGAUAGCUGCACGGGGGAGCUGAAGCAGAUUCUCCGAGGCCACGAGGACAAUGCCUACGUGAUAGAGGCGCACCCCCAGGAGGCCCGACUACUUCUGACAGCGGCCCAUGAUGGCCAGCUCAUGAUCUGGGAUGUUGUGACGGGUGACCUGGUCUGGAGCUUCAAGAACACCAUUGAGGGACAAGGUCAUGGCGCUCUGUUUGAUGCCAAGUGGUCACCAGAUGGCCUCACAAUAGCUGCCACAGAUUCUCACGGACAUCUCAUUCUCUUUGGCAUUACUCCGAAUGAUCGUUACCAGCAGAUUCCGAAGGAGUUGUUCUUCCACACCGACUAUCGGCCUCUCAUGCGGGACGGCAACAACCACGUGCUGGACGAGCAGACUCAGAUGGCGCCCCACCUGAUGCCGCCGCCAUUUUUGGUGAACAUGGAUGGCGACCCUUACCCCCCACAGUUUCAACGGCUUGUUCCCGGAAGGGAGACUUGCCGUCAGGACCAGCUAAUUCCCAAUGUGCUUCUCAAUGCCAAUGGUGAGGGAGAUCAGGAAGUGCUGGACAUUUCACUUCUUGAUGCUGAAAGUGGGGGUGGCCCUGCACCAGGGCCACCCCCAGGACUAGGACCAGGGCCAGGCUCAGGACCAGGGCCAGGCUCAGGACAAGUGCCAGGGCCAGGGCCAGGCUCAGGACUAGUGCCAGGGCCAGGGCCAGGCUCAGGACUAGUGCCAGGGCCAGGGCCAGGCUCAGGACUAGUGCCAGGGCCAGGGCCAGCCUCAGGACUAAUGCCAGGGCCAGGGCCAGCCUCAGGACUAAUGCCAGGGCCAGGGCCAGCCUCAGGACUAAUGCCAGGGCCAGGGCCAGCCUCAGGACUAAUGCCAGGGCCAGGGCCAGCCUCAGGACUCAUGCCAGGGCCAGGGCCAGCCUCAGGACUUGGGCAUCAUGGGGAGAGUAGUGCCACAGUGAGCGGUCAGCGGCCAAGCAUUGAUGACAUGAUUCAACGGUUGGCUCAAGAACAGGACCAGCGCAUCGCUUAUGACCGGCGACCCUCAGAGUCUGGGGAGCCGCAAGCAGGGCCAAGUGGGGUGCGCGAGCGUCGGGAGAGUAGCAGCAGUGGUCUGAGGGCUGGCGGAGAGCGCAGAGCUAGCUCAGCCGGACCCACUAGUGACCACUCCUAUGCAGUGGCCAAUCAACAUGAUCCCCUCUCUCCUCGAGCCAGCCGUGUAGGGGCGCGGAGGGUAGGGGAUGUGGAAGGGGUGCGGCAGUCUACCGGAAACUGGCAACGUGACCCCAACAUGAAAUGGAAGAGACGGUUCAUUGUGAGGCGGUUAAAGCCAUCUGAAAUCAAGCAGUCCGUGGAGGCUCGCACCGUCAUGGGAGAAAUGGAAAUGCAGCUCUUCAUGGAGGAAAGCAAGAAAAAGCCAGAACCAAUCCGCUCUCCUCAGAUGCACCACCACCACCACCACAGCCAGGCGGACAGGAAAAAGAAGAAACAGAAAAAGCAACAGCAGACACACGCCUACUCCACUCGGUCUGUGAGAGAAAUGGAGUCUUUCGAUAGGCACGACUCUGAGGAUGCAGAGCCGGUGGGAGCCUCAAGCAGCUCGGGCAGCUCGUCAGGCUCUGAGGUGGUCAAUGAAGAGCUACAAGAGUCUUCCAGCUCAGAGGAACAGUCCACUGAUUACUCUGACUGGACGGCUGAGGCAGGCGUUAAUCUGGAGCCCCCCAAACGUACUGCCCACAAGCAGAAGAAGAAUCCUAAGAAGAGGCAGCGUCGAAGGGCCAGUAGUGAAGAUGAUGAAGACCGAGCCAAGGAUGAUGAGGAUGAUGAUGAUGAUGAUGAUGAGGACAAGACCAAGGUGUGGGGCUCUCCUAGGGUGCAGCGAAAGCGAGGGCCCGUCCAGUCCAUGGCAGACAUCAGUGGAGGCGCAGACGAGAUCCCUGAAGAGUUUCGUCCCCCCGAGUGGCUGACGGAAACGUUCCCAAAGAAGGCGCCGUAUUUCCCCCAAAUGGGUGACGAGCUGAUAUAUUUCAUGCAGGGGCACAUGCUCUACGUGGAGGCUGUCAUGAACCGCAAAUUGUACACCAUCGACAAGAGGAACCUUCCCUGGAACAGAACUACUAACAAAUUAAGGCACCAGGAGUUUGUCAAGAUCAUUGGUGUGAAGUACGAGAUCAAGCCUCCUCGCCUGUGCUGCCUCAAGCUAGGAAUCCUCGAACCAGGCACGGGACGGCUGACCUCUGACGCCUUCACCAUCAAGUACCACGAUAUGCCUGAUGUGCUUGACUUCCUCGUGCUCAAGGCUACCUAUGAUGUGGCUGUUAACAGGAAUUGGCAACCAGGAGAGAGGUUUCGCUGCAUCAUUGACGACGCUUGGUGGCUGGGCACCGUCGAGAACCAGGAGCCUCACCUUGCGGAAUUCCAGGACUCCUUGUUCAUGUGUUACCGUGUUCUGUGGGACAAUGGAGAGAGGGAGCGACUCAGCCCUUGGGACAUGGAGCUGAUUGACGAAAACAUGGAGAGUGUGGAGUGUGGCGGAAGUGUGGCCGUCAAGAAAGAGGAGAUGGAAGAGCUGCUCUACACGCCACAAAGUGAGGAGUGGGUCGGCCGGGAUCCUGACCUGGAGUGUGACAGGAUAUCCCACGGUCUCUCUCAGAUCAUGAGCUUGGCCAUAGCGGAGCCCUUCCUAGUGCCUGUGGACCUCAAUGUGUACCCCAUGUAUGCCCUUAUCAUUGACUACCCAAUGGAUCUAACCACCAUCAAGAGCCGUUUGGAUAACCGGUUCUACAGAAGGAUCAAUGCCGUGCAGUUUGAUGUCCGCUACAUUGCCACCAACACAGAAAAGUUUAACCAGAAGGGCAGCAACAUUGUCCGCCAUGCUAGGAUAGUCACCGAACUGUGUCUUAAGCUGAUCAAGGAUGGAACGUGCAUUGACCCAACCAACUUGUACCAUGAGCUGCAAGCCAACUACUUGUCACCAGACCACAGUGACAACAGUCUCGAUGACCCUGAAGGCAGCAGCCCACCUGGGACCAGCAGGGCCAAUAGAGGGGCAACAAAAAGCAGAGGACAAGCUAGCCAGGACAAUCGUUCUUGGCAACAGAUGUGCAAGGAUCUUCUCAGGAGUAUAUUUGAAAGAGAGGACUCCAUGCCAUUCAGGUACCCGGUCGACCUGGAGCGUUACCCCGAUUAUAGCCAAGUGAUAGACGUGCCCAUGGACUUGACCACGGUGAGGGAAGAACUCUCCGCGAAUGGUUACGCUGCGCCACAUGACUUUGCAAAGGACAUGAGACUCAUCUUUACGAACUCCAAGAAUUACAACACCAACAAGAGAUCCAGGAUCUACUCAAUGACUCUUCGUCUGGAGGCUUACUUUGAGGACCAGAUUAAGUCCGUUUUGUCCAGUCACAAGUCUAAAGGUAAGCGCAAUCCUUCUAAGGCUACGCCCCGCCCGGCCAAACGAAAAGCUGCCCCUCCUGCCCCCAAAGUGAGCAGUGGGCGGGCCGGCCCCUCCCAGCCUCCAGCCACCUCCCAGAGGGCACCCCCUGCCUUCAUGCCCACCGACACCCCCAGAAGGUUGCCUGCCCCGCCAGCCCCGCCAGCACUUGCCCCCGCCAAGAAAGGCGCUGGACCCAGCAAAACAACCAGCCUGAGCAGAGUGACUGGACCCAGCAGGCCAACCACCUCUCGCCCCAAAAACUCGUCAGCUCGAACCAGUUGUGACACAAGGAGGACGACCACUCCCCACACCUCCUCAGGCCAACACGCAUCUCCUCACUACACCAAACUCUCCUUCUCGACGGCUUAUGACGACGGGGCAGAUCUGGCGGAGGACGAUCUUGACGAUGAAGACGUGGAGGCGAGCAUUGAGCGUUCAGCUGGAAAAGACAACAUGCGUAGGUCUAGGAGAGUGGCCAAGAAGAAGCUGCUCAACGGGGAGGAUGAAGAUGACUCUGGUGAGGAAUACAACCCUCGGAAUCGGGCUAAAAGGUCGGCCAAAAUGAAGAAGAAGGGAGUCGCUACGCGCAACCGUGGCCGCGUGACUGUGCAGUACAAUGAAGACAGUGACGAGGAGGAAACAUCUGUGACUAGAACCACCAGUGUUGUCAAGGUCACAAAGAAAGUGCGCAGUGAUGCAAGUGAGAGUUCUUCGAGUAGUGGGGAAGAGGGAGCCGGGCCCAGCAAAAAUUGGACUAACGGCCAGCUGUGUGGAACAAGGACUAGACUUGGUAGCACAUCUUCCAGUGAGGAUGAAGAGGCAGAAAAGACCAAGAAGUCCAAUGGGGUGAAUGGUGUGGCUAGGAGGGUCAGGGGUGGGUUGGUAGGGAAGAGAAAAGGGAAGGAGAUUGCUAAUGUGAGCGAGGACAGUGAAGACAGCAGUGAUUCAGCAAGUGACAGUGAACCUCAGCCAGUGACGAAAAAGGCCAACAACAAGAGGAAAAAACCGAGUAGCAGUGAUGGCAGCAGUAGUAACAGCAGUAGACCGAGAAGGAAGAAACCGCAGCAAAAAUCAUCAGUAGAAAGACACAGCAGUAGAAUUCAGCAUUCAAAAAACAACAAAAGCCAGGUUGUGUUAAAUCGACAGGCAAAAGAUGAGAGUGAGGUGGAGUUUGACGAAGAAGAUCUCGAGUCCAGUUCGGAGGAGAGUCUGGAGGAGGAAGCCGUGAGCAAGAAGCUGCGUAACAAUCGACGGCCGAAUCGUGGGGUGGCUUCUGGGGUAAGGCGGGCCAGGAGAGUUAUCGACUGUGACCCAGAUGAAGAGGAUGACGCUGACCUCUUGACCGACCAAGACUUUAUAGAUGAUGAUGAUGUCACAGAGGAGGAAGAUACGUCUGAUGAGAGUUCCUCCAGUGACGAGGGAGGUCGGGGCCGCAGUGCCACUAACAACAAGAAGAAAAAGAGUAAAACACCCGCCAAACCCAAGUCAACCAAACAGAAAAAACAGCCUAAAAAAAAAGCCAAAUCGGGUGAAACCAAAAGCGCACCAACCAAGAAGAAGCCACCGAAGAAAGCCACACCAGGCACCAGUCAACCGGCAACCAAGAAACGCACCCCGCCGGGCAAACGUCACUCGGUGCAGGAACUGAUUUCGGUAAACAGGCCAGGUCAGGACCCAAUCCCUUAUCAGCCCAUCAACAUGACAUCGCAGCAGGUGAUGAUCAACGACGUGAAGCAUCGCGGCAGAGUAGUGGGUCAAGUGAUAACAUCUCGGUACCAGAAUAACGAUGAAGACAGUCAGAGUGAAGCGAGUUCCUCCUCCUCCUCGGCUUCGGCUUCCUCCUCGUCUGGGGAUAGCGAAGAUGAGAACCAAGACAAGGCAGCGCUAUCACAUCACAGGCACCUACACAAAGCCGGCAAGAAGGGCAAAAUCCGCCGACAGAAGAGACCAAGGGUUAGUGAGGAUGAGGAAGAUGAGGUGAGUGUCAGCAGCCGCGGCAGAGUAAGGAAAGCAAGUAUUAUGAUGAAGGAUUUUAUAUAGUAUUAGGUGGAGGUGCCUCAGGAAUACCCACCCACAGCACGGGCCUCCUGCUGUGAGUCUUAGUCUUCCUCAGGUGUGCCUGUCGAUUGGGUAUAUGCCCCAGGCCACUUGCACUACCCUCAAGGGAUUUCCUUCACUGCCCUGGGUCUCAACCUGUCCCACAUGUACCUGCCCCAGGUCUCGUUACGGUGCUUCAGGUGUUCCUCAAAACUUUAGGCAGGAGCUUAUUACACCUCCAGGCUCCACUUAGCACACCUGACCAACCAUUCACUGCCCUGGGGUACUCCACUGGACCCCCAGCAGGGACCUGGGUAGUCAAGUAGUAUUGAACUGUGAUACUCUGUAGAUAAUAUAGGGAGGGAGAACAGGGAGAUAGGUAGCCACAUACAUUUCUUUGUAAUUUUCAUUUUCAGCCAUUCACUCACUUAUCAUCACUAGGGAACUUUUGUUUUAUAAAGUGUGAUGUACUUUUCAUACAAACCACUCACUCAGGGUCACUAAAAAAAAAAAAAAAAAAAUGCAGUGACAAAAAGCAUAUUUAUUUUUCUUACUCUGGUGUUGUUGUUGUGCUGUUCUGUGUUAGCGUUAAGUUGCCCCGUCACUGCUGCCGCUGGAGAGUGUUGGACAGUGGCCUUAAACCCCCACACCCCAACACUGUGCCAGGGCUCCUCCUCGGCCAGCCGUGAUUUGCUGUAACCAAGAUGAUCUCCCUCCGAUUCUCCUCACCGAACCAGAGUCUGGAAGUGAUGUAGAAGUUGAAAAGUUGUUUACACUGCCCCAGAAACUGCUAUUAAAAAUGUGUCCUUUAAGAUAUGAUCGCAGGUAAAUUCAUUUUUCGAGGACUCUUUAACCCGGUAUCAGCAGGGAUCAUGUUUCUUAAUGGUCCCUCCAAGCGAGAAAAAUGAGAAAAAAUCACCCCUCACACAAACCAUUUCAUAAUAUAUAUCAAAGCAUUUGUGAUCAGAUUAUGUAUCAUCUAUUUUUUGGGGGUUUAUAUCAUGGCACAAAUUUGGCCCGUCGCUGCUACACGGUAAAGCCACAAAUUUGGCCCGUCGCUGCUACACGGUAAAGCCACAAACUUGGCCCGUCGCUGCUACACGGUAAAGCCACAAAUUUGGCCCGUCGCUGCUACCGGGUUAAAGUGGUUAAAAGUGUCUUCAUUGACCUGGUGCGUUACAAAAAUUAGUUUAUGACAUGCUUGAAACUUGAAGGAAGGACUUGCAUUUAUAUUUCUUCUUCAUUUCGAAAGUUGUAUUUUUAAAUGUCUGCUGUCUGUCUCCUGUCAUGGUUUUAAUUGAUGCUAUUUAUCUUUUUAAAUGACAAGGUUGUUCUUGAAAUAUACGCUGUAAUUUGAAAACACAUGCUUCAUCAGUUAAUUCUUAAUAUGGACAAUUAUAUAGGAUGAAGAUAUUUGAUAACUGCAUGAAUGAGGAGGCUUAUGAUUGCUGUGAAUGUUCAGGGAAGUACUUGAAGAGGGUAUUUCACGGGAACGAUUUUGGAUGAGCAGCCCCGUCGGUAAGGAAAUGCUGACAGGUGGGACUCUGCUCAUGAACCAUAGGGGGUACUAGAGCGGGCAGGCUGGAGCUGUUUUCUGCUUCUCACACAGACCGCUCAUGUUAGCACGGGCACCUCGCUUCACGCUGACUCGCUGGCUGGUUCUCACUCCUCCCACCUCAAUGACGUCAGCUUCAAACUCACUCUCAUCUCUCUCUCUCUCAUCUCAUCUCUCUCUCAUCUCUCUCUCUCUCUCUCUCAUCUCUCUCUCUCUCCACUUUUUUGUACUACUUUGAAUGUUUAUAUGUCGCUUCAUGGAUAGUUUAUUUAUAGUAGUUUAUAGAUCUUUACAUUUCCACCCAGAAUCGUGCCAAAUCUAUUCUUCGACUUGUCAAAACCUUGCUUUUUCUAAUUCUUUCCAUGACUUCCGGCACCUGGCUAAAAAUAUCUCCUCCAAUUUCACUUCUUCCUGUUUCCCUCCUCUUCUUAACCUUGACUUCCUCUUUCCCUCCUCUUCUUAACCCUGACUGCACUGCCGUCUCAUCUAUCUCUAAGGCUGAACUCUUCACCCAAACUUUCUGUAACAACUCCACUCUGGACGAUUCUUAGCAUAUUCCUCAGACUCCUUUAUGCCUGGAACUCUGGAGCGAUCUUCCUUCAUCUGUAUUUCCUCCUGCCUACGACUUGAACUCUUUCAAGAGGAGGGUAUCAGGACACCUCUCCUCCCGAAACUGACCUCUCUUUCGGGCACUCCUCUAACUCUAUUUAGGAGCAGUGAGUAGCGGGCUUUUUAUUAUUAUUAUUGUUGUUUUGGUUUGCCCUUGAAAUGCUUCCUCUACUGUAAAAGAAAAAAAAAGAUAGCCCUCGCUCUCUCUCCUCUCUCCUCUCUCUCUCUCUCUAUACUACAUUGAAUAUUUAUAGGUAGGGACUUUGCAUAUAUCUUAUUUAUUCCUUGUUGGGUUCUGAUUAAGCCUUUUGCAAUCCAAUGUUUACGCUCCACAAUACUAAACUGAACACUUGUUAUUCAUUCACCUUCUGCCUUCCCUGUCUUUAAAACUUUAACGUAACAUUUAAACCUCCAACCGUAUUUGUAUCACAUGAAAAACUCUUAAAUUCAUCUCAUUCAUCCAGGUGAGGUGAGGAAGGGUGAGGCGUGUAUUGAUUGUAAAUGAAUGUUUUUCGGCGUAAAAAUAACUUUAUUAAAACAAUAUGACCGACAAAUUAAUCAACAUCUAUUUUUAUUUGAAAGUAGAUAUUUUUUUUUUUUUUUUUUUU